AUGUCGGAAACCAGCGUUACCGACAUCGAACUGCAGCCUCGAAUGGCCGCGAAUGGCUGCAUCGAUUCUCGACAAAGCUCUCGAUGCCUAGAGAUUUACCCCGACGAGGACCAGCCAUCCAACAACGCAGCGAGCACGAACCAAUCCGUGAAGUCGUCGUCGGAUCGCAUACAACCGUUGCCGCUAGGAUCAUCUGCUCUUCCCCCACGAGAUAUACAUGGCAUGAAGUGGGUGUUCGGUGUGGCUGCCAUAUUGUCAAGUGUGUUCUUAUUCUCUCUGGAUCAGACGAUUGUCGCUGAUGUUCAGCCAAACAUCAUCGCGGAGCUCGGGUCAAUCGAUAAAUUGCCUUGGCUAUCGGUGUCAUUUCUUCUCGCAGGUGCCAGCACUAAUCUGCUCUGGGGACGAAUAUAUAGCCAGUUUAAUCCAAAAUGGAUCUAUGUGCUCUGCGUAGUGAUUUUCGAGAUCGGUUCGACCGUAUGCGCGGCGGCGCCCAACAUGAAUGCACUCAUUAUCGGACGUGCUCUGGCUGGCCUUGGCGGCGGAGGAAUGUACUUGGGAGUGAUGAUGCUGCUGUCCCUGUUCACUACACCUCUUGAACGGCCGAAGUACAUCGGCAUAAUCGGUGUGGUAUUCGGUUUUGGCACAGUCCUAGGACCUGUGAUUGGAGGAGCCUUUGCCUCCAAUGCAUCCACAACUUGGAGAUGGGCCUUUUAUAUCAAUCUUUGCAUUGGAGGCGCCUUUGCUCCAGCGUAUUUUUUCUUGCUUCCGUCCCGUGAUCUCCGGCCGGGUGUGAAGUUCUGGGACAGGAUGAAAGCUGUUGACUGGAUAGGAAACACUCUCGUAAUCGGUGCUUAUGUCUCUGGGCUCAUGGCAAUCUCAUUUGGCGGCGCAACCUUUGCGUGGAACAGCGCCCAAGACAUAGCUUUGUUCUGCGUCUCGGGCGUUCUGUUUAUUGCGCUAAGCAUUCACCAAGUUUGGUCAAACCCGCAGCACAGAAUGUUUCCGGUUCAUUUCCUAAAGCACAGAGGCCUUUUGAUACAGUUCUUGGUGGGAGCCUCUGCGGGGACGUCGUCCUUUGUGACCAUCUAUUUCAUCCCGCUAUACUUUCAGUUCGUACAACACAGCAGUUCUCUACUUGCAGGUGUACGGUUAUUACCAUUUAUCGGCUCACUGGCGGCAUUCACCAUGUUAAACGGCCAACUCAUGGCAAGAUCGGGAUACAGCAUGCCAUGGUACGUCGCCGGUUCUGCCCUCGUCAUUGCCGCCAACAGCAUGCUCUACAAUAUCGAUCUAUCUACUUCAAACGGAUUUAUUUACGCAGCGAUGGUUCUCAAUGGAAUUGGCACUGGCAUGUUUAUAAAUGCUCCAUUUGCUGUUGCACAAUGGCUUGCUCCACCCCAGGAGAUAUCGAGCGCCGUUGGAUUCAUUAUGUGUGCUCGAGGAGGAGGGCUUGCCAUCGCACUGUCCAUCGCAAACGCCAUCUUUCUGAACUUGGCCGAAAAUGGGAUUCGCCAUCUUUUUCCCUCUCUGGACAAUGUGCAGAUUCAGAGUUUAAUCUCAGGCGCGGGGAGCGAUCUAUUGGAAACACUCAAUCCCGCUCAGCAACAGGAAGUCCUAGCAGCUAUUGUGCACGCGAUCAGUCGCGUUUUUAUCACGUCGAUAGCCUCCGGCUGCUUUUGUCUCUGCCUAUCGCUUUUGAUGGAUCGCAGAAAAUUCAAGAUUGGUUAG